CAGAGUGCUGGUGGUAUACAGGCUAUCUUUCAUCCAGACUCCAGACUCUUGUUCGUAUCUUUCAUUGUAGUCGGCAUCAUGAGAUUCCCAGUUCUGGUUGUGCUGGUCGUGCUGCUUAAUGCUUUAGUCUGUGAUGUUUCUUCAACUCCGGUUAAAGGGAUUUCUCCAGGCAAAGGCAAGGAUCAACAAAAAGAUCAACAGAUCCAGACCAGACCCACACCACAGCAGCCCAAAGUUUCCACUUAUCCGGUUAAGGAUGUUUCUCCAGGCAAAGGGAAGGAUCAACAAAAAGAUCAAUUGAGUGAAGAUGAUGUGACCGCUACCACUGCACACACUCCCUUGGAUGAAACCACACCAGAAUCUACAGAACAUAACUCUGAUGCGGACGAGGAUGAUGGCCAAGGUGAUGACAACGGUAGCCAAGGUGAUGGCGAUAGCAGCCAGGUUGCGGGAGAUGAUGGCCUAGGUGACAAUGAUGAGGAUGAGGAUUCUAAUGGCAAUUCCUCUGAGGAAGGUGAAGAUGACACUGACAGCAAAGCUGAAAAUGGCCAAGGAGACAGCUCUGAGGAUUCCGAUGGCCAGUCAUCUGAGGAUUCCGAUGGCCAGUCAUCUGAGGAUUCCGAUGGCCAGUCAUCUGAGGAUUCCGAUGGCCAGUCAUCUGAGGAUUCCGAUGGCCAGUCAUCUGAGGAUUCCGAUGGCCAGUCAUCUGAGGAUUCCGAUGGCCAGUCAUCUGAGGAUUCCGAUGGCCAGUCAUCUGAGGAUUCCGAUGGCCAGUCAUCUGAGGAAGGUAACACCAAUGAGGACGUGGUGUCCACAGAAAGCAGUUCAUUGGAUGAGUCUACACCAGAGACUAAAGGUCCUGCUGUCAGCUCAACUAACUAGACUGGUUCAUCCCAUUGUUGCUGCUUGACUUGCUGUGUACGACCUUUUGGACAAGAAAUAAAAAGAAUAAAUCCA